AUGAAACCUUACAUACUAUCAAAUUACUGCUACUGUAAUUAUUAUUACACAUUGCUAGUUAAUUACUUAGUAAUAUUUAUAACGAAUUUUAAUUUCGCCAUGGCAACUAGUUAUGAGCUAAAGGAAUUAUUGAGACAAAAACGCUAUCUCGUCUAUCCAAACCCACUCGGUAGUGAAACUAAAGUCCAGGUUCUUUUUGGCCUAGGACUGCCGAUGGAAUCGGAGGUAUCGGUUAUUCUAGGAUACGUAUUGAAAUGUAAUUACAAUUUGCCUUACAACUCAUCAUCAUUCACCGAACCGUACGUAAGAUACCAGAGAGACACUGAUAGAAACGGUAAUAAAAAUGAAAACAAGAGCAAUAGGAAAAGUUUUAGAAUAAAAUCGGAAGAAUCACUAUCGAGAUGGGAUUUAUAUCGCAUUUUGGAGUCUGCUCUUGAGACUUUGGGCUAUCCGGGUAAAGUAUGUUUACUUCGCGCUGUCUGCGAAGCUGCGGAACUUCCUUUUGAUCGAAGUCAUGGAUUACUUGGCGAGCUUCUACAUGCUUUACUCACACCAUCUUCAACUUCUGAAUACUCAGACGUAUACGAAGAUCGCGAAUAUCUUGCUGCUGAACAUAUCGGUAAAAAUAAAAUAAAUAAGCAGUCAAAAGGUCAAUGUAAAUAUAUUUUCCAUGAGUGCAUUUACAGUCCAUUAGACUAUUUCACUUUGAUUAUAAUUAUUUUAAUAACACUCAAUAAUUAUUCGAUGACAGUAGACGGCAGUGAUAUUAAAAUCCGCAAGCAACGUUACUUGAUCCACCCUCCGCCAAGUAAUUGGGCCGGCACAAAAAUGCAGUUGAUUGCUGGUCUAGGUUUGCCAAUGGAUGUAGACGUCAGUACAAUCAUCGGAUAUGUUAUAAAAUUCAAUUACAAUCUACCUUUCAAUGCUUCCGAUCUAACCGAACCUUACAUUCGAUAUCAGAGAUCCACUUCUAAUCACCAAUACCCAGAAGGAUUUACAUCACGAUGGGAGAUUUACCGGAUGAUCGAGUCAACUUUAGUGGGUUUUAGUUCAGGAAGAAGCUGCUUUUUAAGAGUGAUUUGCGAGGCUGCUGCACUUCCUUUCUCCAGAUCCCAGGGAAUUUUGCCACAACUUAUUCAGAUACUUCUCACCCCAUCGUCAACAAACGAAAAAUAUAUCGAUAACACCGACCAAGAGUUUCAUGCAGCUGAGCUUGAAGGAAAAAAAAAUCCCGGUGAUUGUCAUAAAAUUUUUUCCGAUUGCUAUGAAAAUAUUCUUGAUUACUUUACCGACGUAAUUAAUUAAUUGCUGCCGCAAAUUAUUGAAUACCAAGAAAAUAAAAAUAGUAAUAAUAAAGAAAAACAAAUUAAAAGUAUAAAAUGAAGAAAAUAAAAGUUGUGAAAAACUUGAACAACUGGCAUAAGAUUGUGAAAAUAAAUAAAAUAAAAAAUAAAAAAAUAUUACGUCAUAUCCUACCCGUUUUCUAUAUUAUAUACAGUAAUAUUACUUUUUGGUAUAUAUAUACAGGAGUAGAAAACAACGAGUCAAAAUAUGUGGAGACCCGCAGCACACGAGUACCGGGUGACGGUAUUGGUACGUGACGCAGUUAUCGGAUGUUAUUGGCAUUUUUGUUGCUCGAUAACAACAAUAUACGUACCGUAAAGAGAAUAAAGAGUUUUUAGAAAAAAAACCAAAAUAACAAUAAUAAUACCUGGUUUUAAUUUAUCACGAGUAAGCAAAAUAAAAUUACAGAAAAUUGAAAAGUAGAUAAUUUUUUAUAUUAUUUUUUUAUUGAAUCGAGAGUUGAAAAUUUUAAUUUGAUAAGUAAAAAUAUAAUUAAAUUUUUUUUUUAUUGUAGUUUUGUUAUCGCAAAUCGUUUAUUUUUUUAUGAGCAUAGCAUGCAUGUAACAUUCCCAGUAAACUCAUAACUUCGUAUACAGUUCAAUAAAUAUUGAAAAAUAAAUACAGACGUAAAGUACAUUUCUUACUUGGCUUCAGAAACAUAUAUCCAAGGUUUUAGCUGCUUUAACGUCCGGACCAAAUGCUUACGUUAUACAUCCACGAGUAUAUGGGCCUAAAGUACCUACUGUACCUACUCUGCCCACUGUAUACCAUACCUACCAGCUAUAUUAAAUCUAUUAUAUAUAAAUAUAAAAAACCAGGGUUGUAAGUUUUAUUAGAUCGUAAUUCAAUUUCAAAUCGAUUCUCAUUCUCUACUAUGAAAAAUAUAAAAAAAAAAACUCAGUAAUGAUUCAAGUGAAUUCGCGACUACGAAUGUUACAGACGUUGAUAAUUUAACUCGUACAAGUUAAUUUUUUUUAUCAUUUUAUUUAUUUAAUUGCUCUAUAUAUUUUUUCCAAUAGAUUUAUUUUUUCAAUAAAAAUUUUAUAAAAUCAUUAAUAAAAUAAAUAUUAUCAAUACAAGUGUGAUUUUUAAAAACAAUUAGAGCAAAAAGUUCAGAUGGUCCACGAAAUAUAAAA